CACUGAGAGGACUCGGGAGGCAGAGAUGACGAAGGUCAGCGCUUCAUCUCGGCUUGUCAUCCGCUCGUCAGUUUUGACCGGAAUGGUCGCCGAAGAUCUAACCUUCAUUGAAAACUUUCGUCCAAAUGUGGAUGGGUUGUGGCAAAAGUACCGAUUCUCUGAGAUGUAUAAGAACCGUUCUUCAGGACUGGAUAUGAUGCAUUGAAGAAUGUUCAGUGCUACCAUGGAGGCAAUGGAGGUAGAGUCUGAGCAUGUGAGCUCUGUCGAGGGGAAAUUGAGGUUUCAUGGGGAGGAUGAUGAUCUGGCUAGGAUACUUCAAGAGCAGCUCUCACUUUUGGAGCAUUCAGAGCCUGAAGUUCGUAGGGAGGCUCUUGUUUCGAUUUCUUCACACUUAGAUUUGACGAGAGAGGUGAAAACGAGGAGGGAGAUUCUGCAUUGUUUGCAAGCUCAGCUUUGGAAGGAGGACGACCCUUUUCUUGUGCAUAACGUGGUGAAAGUUUUAGUUGAUGUGGCCCUCGUGCCGCUUUGUGCGUACCCUCCGGCGAUUGCUGCCUCCGGUCAUCGGCAAAUAUGCACAUGUUCAAAAAGGAUUUCAGAAAAUGGGAUAAUGUGUAGGUCGUGUGGGAAGAGUGCGGAUAUGCAAACGAGAGAUGGGUUGGUUUCGUCCACCACAUCCCCUCUACAACGCGAAGCUCACGAUAGGCUCGAUUUGAAGGCUGAGGGAGGGAAGUGGGUUUCUCGAAUGGAGGGUCUUAUUGAUUAUAAAUUUGCGAUUGCUAAAUUGGUGGUGCAACUGCUCCAUGCAUAUCUUGCCACGAAAGAUCAGGUGGAAUUGAAGUUGAAAAGCGCUGUGCGAUUACAGCUUCUGCAUUCCCUGCUUAAAAUCUCCGAAAAGAUUGAUGGCAUUGUGACGUGGGAGUCACUUGGAUUUGUGGUUAGACGGCAUCUUAGAAGCAGUCAACCUCGCGUGCGGGCAUUAGUGCUGCGAUUGCUUGUUGAGAGCGUACCGGAACUGAAUAAUCCCCUCUCAGAAAAUGUUGCUGAGGCAGAAGAAGGUGCCAAGAGGAGGCGUGUCGGGGACCACUUCCCUGGAAGAGUUCGAGAAGCUGAGAAUGCUGUGCAGAGAACUACAGAUUUAGGAAUGAAGCCGGAUGAUCUCUUGCCGAACUUGACCAACAAAUUUGUUGAACAGGAGACGAAGCACCAAGGUGUCAAUAGUAGUCGUCCUGGGCUUGGUGUAUCGUGCUCGAAGGCAGGGGAGACCCUUCUUUCUUCAUUUUUGAGUUACGUGAGGGAUCCGUUUCCAUCUGUGAGAGAGGCAGCUCUAAGGGCUCUGAUGAAGCUCCACGGCAAAGGAUACGAAUUGACCAGUGAAUGCUGCAAAGUUGCCAUUAACUUAUUUAGGGAUUCAUUCGAAAAUGUGCGCAUAGCUGCAAUCGAAAUGGUAGGGCUAUGGAUGAGGAGUUACUCAGAUAUGAGAAAUGGUUCGUCGUCAAAGCAGCGCACGGAAGCAUUCUUACAGGUUUGCACCACCGUCACAGACAUGAAUAUGCGCGUAAGGGAAGCGGCUUUCCGUGUACUUGGCGAGGCAGCCAAGGUACCUGAGAGCGUGUUGCUUCAAACUUUGACCAAGAAGGUAGCGAAGGCUCCUAAAGAAACAAAUGUCUCAGCAUCUGUGUCGUCAGUGUCACAAGAUGGUGAUACCGAUACCGACUUCUCCAAGUUUGAGGACAGUACAAACCUGCUGGAUGCGAGUGCUGCUGGUGCAUUUGUGCAUGGACUUGAAGACGAAUAUCUUGAGGUACGAUGUGCGGCAAUAGAGGCUCUGGCAAAACUCGCUUGCAAAUGUGAGAAGAUGGCUUCUGGUGCAGCGAAUCUUCUGCUUGAUAUGCUGAACGAAGAGGUGGAGAUUGUGCGAAUGCAGGCAAUGCAUGCACUUUCACAGCUUGCAACUGCAGGUUACCUGUCCGUCAAUGAUCAACACCUUCAUCUGUUUUUAGGUGUGGUGAAGGAUAUAAAUCCAGAGAUGCGAAAAGGUGGCUGCAACUUACUUUCUACUUCCCAACUGCCGAGCUUCAGCAUUUUUCAUUCAGUGGUUUGCACGCUCCUUACCAGUUUAGAGCACCAUCCUGAGGAUGAAGACUUUGUGAUUAGCACUUUUAGCGAUUUGGGUCAGAGUCAUCCUACUUACACUGAAUGCAUUGUUGAAGAGUUGAUCCAGAAGAUGCAAGGAUAUCUUAAUGAAGAAAUUGGACUUGAUGAGCCCCGAUUUGCAGCAGUUUUAUCACUUUUCCUGGGCGCUGCACUUUCUAAUUCCAACAUUGUCUCACUCAUACCCGCAAGGUUACUAUCCUAUGCCAGCUUUAUCAGGCAUAAAAUCCCUGACAACCUUCCAUCGUUCAAUCUGCGGCCAGUAGCCUUGAAGUCUGUCCAGUUUUCAUGGUCAAAUAGUGAAAAGCAUCCAAUGACUGUUCCCUUCCAAUCUUGGCGACGAGCCCUCCAUAUACCAAACCCUGUUGCCAAACGACAUAACUUAUGAGGAACUGUGCAGUGCAACUUGUGGGGUUGCUUAGACAAGUAGCAACUAAGUAGCUUGAUUCUUUAGUUUUUGUAAAUAUGUCAAUCGUGCCAAGCAAGCCACAUCAUAGUUGUAACAAUGAGUUACAUUUUCAAAGACAACAUUGUGGUGUUGGAUUAUUUUGUAAAAUUACUUUUACUUUAGAUGAAAGGUACUGGAGAAUUUGUUUCAUGUCA